AUGAUGUCUAAAGAAGAACAGGAAAUCGUACCAUUCAAUAAAAUUCAAGGAAUAGCUUCGACAAAUGUACCAGCAUAUUCUAAUGAAUAUAAUGAUUUUGUUUCCUUUGAAGGAUUUUAUGUUCAUGGAAUAUAUACUGGUUGCAAAUGGCACUGUGUUGAAUUUGCUCGUCGAUGGUUAUUACUUCGUAAAAGUUGUAUCUUUCAAAAUAUUAGGUUUGCUGCUGAUAUGUGGCAAGAAUUGAAAUAUGUCGAACGUGUUACUGAUGGUGAAAAAUUUCAUCUAAAAAUUCAUUCGAAUGGAUCACCACAUAAACCUCAAUGUGGUGCUUUACUUAUCUAUCCUCGUAGUGAAGACGCACCAUACGGACAUGUUGCCAUCAUAUGUGAAGUUCAAGAAAAUUCUAUUCGUAUAGCUGAACAAAAUUAUCAAUUUCAUUAUUGGUCAAGUGACUAUGCUCGUCAAAUUCCCAUGAUAUAUCGAAAUGAUUGUUAUUAUAUUGAAGAUCAAGAUAAUGUUUAUGGAUGGAUGGAAAUUGAAAAUAAUAAUCAAUUAAAACCAUUAGACGAAUCAAAUAUAAAUUUCAUCCUUCCAAAAUAUCAACAACCACAACCCAUUAGUGAAUUACAACGUUGUUUUAUUAUGAAUAAAACUUUUAACAAUGAUUAUUUACCAUUCAAUGUUGAUAAUCGAACAGAAAAGUUUCUUAUGCAAUCCGAUGAAAAUGAUAGUUAUUAUUAUAAAGCAAAUGAAAAUUUUUUUGUAAAUAUUAGUAAUACAUCAAAUGAAUUGUAUCGACUAUUUAGGCAAGUUACAGAUCGUAUUAUUCAUAAUGAUGAAUUUUUAACACUUUUUGAAAUACCGAUCCAAUUUUGGUCCAGAAUUCGUCGAUCAUGGGAAAAUGAAGGAGAUCUUGAUAUAUUAGAUCAUAUGAGUUUUAAUUUUGAUGGACAAAAUUUGAAACUAUGCCAAUAUCAAGCUAAUCAUGCGUUAAAAACUCUUCAAUAUGCUGUUAUACAAGAAAAACGGGCUCUAGCGAUGAAUGUCAAUUAUAAUUUUACGUCUAGUUUUCAAUUAUAUCAUCUUUUAGUAAGACAAUGGAAAAGAUUAAAUAUAAAAACCCUGAUUCAUAUAUUAAUUGAUAAUGACGAAGAUGAUUUAGAGACUAUUUUGUUUAUACAAAAGGUAAUGACAGAAGCAGGUAUUACUUCAAAAUUAUGUCUAUUGUCGAAUGGUCUCUCUUGGAAAGAUUCAAUGAUUAUUGACAAAGAUGGUGAAAUUGUUAAAACUGUUUGGAAAUUAUGGAAUUGGGAAACAAUCUUUCUAAACUUAAGAAAUCAGUAUUGUAAAAAUGAAGAAGACAAUGAAUGGGAAUCAAUGAAUGACGAAAGUCCAUGUAUCAGCGAUAUUUUAUUAAAUGAACAAAUUAGAAUUAUCGAACCUUUAUGGAAAUCUAUUACAAAUCAUAGCGCAUUUUUAUCGAUUUUAUAUGAAAUUUUUCCAAAUCAUCCUAACAUUUUACAGAAUGAAUGGUUUUCAUCAGAAAAUUCAGAACAUCUUCCCUGUAUCGAUUGGUCGAUGAUAGAACUGAAUAAUGGUACCAUCAAAUCGUAUGCUGAUCAAUUUGCACGUAUCGAAUGUAGAUUAGUGGCUAAUCUAGAUUUUGCUAAACAUCAUGGUAUGAAACCUAAUAUCAAUAUUCAGGAAGAACUGAGUCGAGGUGGCUUCUUCUCGAUACAUUCUGCAUCAUGGGAUGCUGAACAAUCACUUGUCGCUAAAAUUAUACUUGAUCCUAUGGCACAUCCUGAUGUAGCUUAUCUAGAAGCACAUUUUCAUCGUACUGUUGCCAACUUAAAUAUUGAACGCACGGUACCGCUUCGAUAUCUCUACGAAGAAGAUAACAUACAACAUUAA